AUGCAGCUGUGGAUUGUUUUGCUAGGCGUGUUGCACAUCGUUGUUGGGGAUCAGUUUUGGAGAUCGCCGUUCUUUCGAUCGUUCGAAGAAUCCCUCUUCGAAUGUGCAAGUUACUUCGACAUAUCAAACACUACCGUCGGUCGUUUCAUUCAAAAUGGUUUCCCAAAUGAACCAGGCGUCAGUCAGCUGAUUUAUUGUGCGCUCAUCGAUUUGCAGGCUUGGGAUACCCAAAAAGGGAUCAUUGGCCGACAGCUCAUUGCCGUUUUAAGAGAUUUUCAGUUUAACGAAGAAAACGAACGCCAGAUUCAAAACUGCCUUGAAGAUUUACGGGUCGAUGAGCUGAAAGAUCAAGUUCUCGAACGAGCGUAUCGUUCAUUUUUGUGCUAUUAUAGUGUGUAUGGCAACCCUGGGAGCAGCAACCAGCAGUAUCUCCGCUACACUGAAGACAUCCGGAAAAAGUUCAUGCGAGAAGCCAUCUUGAUCCAGAAUGUACCAAUCCGAACGUUGUUGGAGUUCUGCAAAGAUAAUGUUGUGACUCAACCGGAAUGGCCGGACGUUUCCCUAACGUACGUUCUCAGAGUAGGAUUUUACCGUCGAGAGCAGGGUUACGAUUUCGAGCGACUCUACGCUCAAAACGGAGCACCGGAAUUGCUCGGUAACGAAGUGAAACUUUGUCAAGAUAGAAUACUAGAAAGGAAUUGUGAAGAGCCCGAAUGUUUGACUCAAAUAUUCGGACAGUGUGUCAGACCCUACAUAACGACACUGAACAUUGUUUCAAUCGCUGCCAAGGAACUUCUCUUGGAAGCUGGUACUGUUUGUGGAAGUGAUCCUGAGCCAUCAACCACGCCAACUUUGCUAUCUUUGUCCGAACUAUUAAGUCUGAUGGGUCUGCCAACUUCGCCACCGAUAUCAACUGUUUCUGAAACAACACCAGCUCUGCCAUCUAUUGGAGAAACUCAACCAACUAAAUCAAUCGCUACAGAUGCUACAGAACCAGUAACCCUCUUCCCAAUAACUUUAGCGCCGAUAGUUUCUGAUCCAGAAACACUUUUUGGCUUUCAACCUUUUACAGGACCGCCUAUCGGUCUAGGAGGAAUUUGA